AUGCAAGUCCGAAAAGAGGCGGAGAAUGUCAAGCCCUUGCAAUUGGGAUUCAGUAAUGAGCUAGAUGCAGCCUCGGAUAUGAUCAGAGUUUUAGAUCACCUUAUGCCAAAGGCCCAGUUUCUGCUCUAUGAAGCAAAGAAAUUCAAGUCAAUGAACAACUAUGCUUGUUGUUGGGCAAAGAAUAACUCAGUAUUCCUUCGUGAACAAGAUAACACACGUAAAGUCAAGAUAAGUGAGUUGGAAGAUCUACGGAAGUUGGCCGCAAGUGCUAAUGAUGAUCCAGAUAAGUGA